AUGUCUUCUGAUUCAAAUAAACCACCUCAGGUUACUGCUGAGGAUUCUUUAGAAAAGAAUGAGGAUAAAACUAACGGUAACGGUGAAAUGAAUGCGAUGGUCAAUACGUUACGAAAUAAUAUCGAAGGCAUGCAAAAUUCUUUCAGAGCUGUGUACUCCACCUUGGCUGUAAAUUUAAAACAAUCAUUGGAAAUGAUACAAGUGAUGAAUUCGAUUAUGGAACAGUUACUAUUGUCCAAUAUUAAAAUAGAUGUCCAGGCUGAUUCCAAUCCUCGUCUUUUAACUAUAAUCAUAUCAAAUUCGUGUCAAUUUCCUAUACCAAAAGUAUCCUGUAGUUUGGUGUUUAAGAAGAAAGAUGAUGACAAGGAUGCAAAUGUUAAAUUUGAAUGCGUGGAAUCUAUAAUUCGAGAAGUCAAAAAGUCUAAUAAUUUGGGGUCAAAACCUUCAUCCCCUUUGUCGAUAUUUGUACAGAAUUCCUGUAUUGGAUCAUCAGAUUCCGAUGCCUCGUUCACUUUAUCACCACAAACACAAAUAAUUGAAAAAUUAAUGUUAAUUCCAUCGGAAUUUGCUCAA